UCCCUAUACGACCGCAAUCCCCUCUUCCCCAACAGGUCGAAUCCGCCCGCGUUGAGGAAGGAUGUGCUCCCAAGCCCCCAAAUCCCUAGACCUAGACCUCGACCCCGAUUCCGAACCCUGCCCCGGUGUGACGACGACGGCCGAGCUCCCCGGCGAAGCGGAGAACCCCUGCUUGUCGCGGUUUCGCCACCGGCGACUCCUCGCCUUCCUCUCGCGCCAGCGCUACGAUGUCGCCUUCAACGGGCUGAUGCUGCAGGCGAGCGAGCCCUUCUGCUUGGAGCGUCUGCAGGGGCUCGUGAGGAAGGGCCUGUGGGAGGACGCCAUCGACUACCUUGAUGGCUUCCUGCCUGCCGGCCCCAGGAGCCUCCACGCCCACGCCUUCCGCAACUUCCUCUUGAUGCACCAGUACUUGGCCAGCAUCGCCGCCGGGGAUGAGUCCGCCAUGGACAUGCUCCGGGCCCACCAUUGGAUGCAGCACGUCGUUGAUGCCAGCAAAACGAAAGCGAACCACACAUUUCCUCGUGUCAUGGCCCAAGCCCUGCUCUCGUCGGAGCAGCUCAGGGCGUGCAUGGACUGGGAUGGAGUGAGGAGGGAGGCUGUGUACAUCCUCUCCAGGUUAGCUUCGAGGACCCCAGAGCUCAACAGGCCGCUCACAUUGCCGACUUGCUACACCAAGCCGCACCAAGUGCUUCCCAUUGACGUUGGCUCUGGGAGGCGGCGCGUGAAGGAACAGCGUCCCCAACUACGACCAGCCGCUGUUGCCAGGGCCAUCCUUUUCAGGGGGAGUCAGCGUUACACAAGAUCUCUAGCCAACUCAAGUUUCGAAUUCAUUGAGGAUGCAAAGGAAUGGUUUGCGACUAUCAUGGAUGAAAGCUUACGAGCUGGUUCAGGUAAAGCGACUUCCCUGCUCCAACAAAUUAUGAAGGAAGGUGCUCCUGUUGCUCCAGUUUCGCUGGCAAGUCCUGUUAAAAGUUCUGGUACCUCAUCAUUGACAAAUAUAAAAGGCACCCUUUAUUUCAUGUGGUGGUGGACUCGAGAACCAUACCUGACGGCCAACAUCAGGAGUGUUCAUCACUAA